GUGCUGUUUGUAAUAUUGUUGUAUACAAAGAAAAGUAAAAGCAGAAAGUCCUUAACUGUAAAAAGAAACGUUAUUGUAGUUUUUCUUGUAUAUUUCUGCUCUCUAGGUAGUUAAAUAUUUAAUGUAGAGCUUUAUAUUUCUAAAUGCUUAAAUUUGAAAGACAUCAUUAUCUUUGUCAUGGAAUAUGAAAACAACAAACUUUAAGCACAUUGUUAGUAUAUCAUUUAGUCCAAAUUCACCUUUUAAGACAUAAAAGGAAAGACACUAUUGAUUUUUUUUUUCACCCCAUCUCAUGCAUGUUUUUGUACUAUGUAUGUAGUAGAUAAAUGAUAGGGUAUUUUUUAGAUGUAUAUUUGUAUCCGUAUUACUUGGUAGAGGUGGAUGGGUAAAAUAAUAGUAACACCAUCUGUAACAAUGUUAUGUUUCUUUGGUAGACGUUUAUUUAUUAUUAUCUGAAAAGAGUUUGAGUAUAUUUUUCAGUUUUGUCUUUAUUUCUUCUUGAAUAGUUGCUAAAGUUCUUGACUAUCUUGUUUGAUUUUGCCCAUCCUUACCAAAAAAAAAAAAAAGUCACAAGUUUUAAAAGCUAUGCAAAUCACGAUAGCCUCUCUUCCUUGGAAGUAUGCAAGCAAUUCAGUUAAGUUUUUGAGUUAUCUAGAGAAAAUAAUUCUUUCUAGGAGUGUCUUUCUUCAUUUCCUUGAAUGGCUAAUACACAUUGAUUUAACCUUUAACUAGAAACAAUUUAUUUUUGAUUGGGCCUUUAAUAUUCUCUGUAUAGUAAAAUCAACUUUAGGAAACCAAGAUAUGAAAAAUAGAGGAUGAAUAUUUGCUUUACGAAGUCACACUUUAAAGAGGAAUUCACAGCAGUACUUUAGAGUAACUCAGCAAGUGCAUUAGAGCAUUGAAUUUCAUGAAAGAGGAAAGAAUCAUAAAGAAAAUGUGGCGAAGAGGAUCAGUGAGAUUAAACAGAAAAGCCUGGAUAAGGCAAAGGAAGAAGAAAAGGCAUCAAAGGAGUUUGCUGCAAUGGAGGCAGCUGCCCUGAAAGCAUACCAGGAGGAUUUGAAAAGGCUUGGCUUAGAGUCAGAGAUCUCAGAGCCAAGCAUGUCACCAGUAACCAGCACGGUCUCACCCACCUCUGCAUCAAAUCAGCAGAAAGAAAAGAAGAAAAAGAAAAAAGACCCUUCAAAGGGCAGAUGGGUAGAAGGCAUAACCUCGGAGGGUCACCAUUACUAUUAUGAUCUUAUCACAGGAGCAUCUCAGUGGGAGAAACCUGAAGGAUUUCAAGGAAACUUAAAAAAGGCAACAGGGAAGACUGUGUGGAUAGAAGGGCUAAGUGAAGAUGGCUAUACCUAUUAUUAUAAUACAGAAACGGGGGAAUCCAGAUGGGAAAAACCUGAUGAUUUCAUUCCACACUCCGGUGAUCUGCCUUCUAGUAAAGUCAAUGAAAAGUCACUUGGCACCCUAGAAGAGUCCAAAUCAUCAGAUUCACAUGGUGAGUCUGAUGGCGAACAAGAAGCAGAAAAGGAGAAAAAAAAAGAAGAGAUCCCAACAGAAACACAGAAGCUAAUAAUAAAGUUUAAGGAAAAAAAUAAAAAUAGUAAUAAAAGAACUGAACCAGAAACACAGAAAGAAAAAAAUACCCAAGGGAAGAAUUCAUCAGGUCCAAGUGAAGAAAAACCCAAAGAAAAAAAUACCCAAGGGAAGAAUUCAUCAGGUUCAAAUGAAGAAAAACCCAAAGCUCAUAAAAAGCCAAACCCAUAUGGAGAAUGGCAGGAAAUUAAACCAGAAGUUGAGUCCCAUGAGGAGGUAGAUUUGGAGCUUCCAAGCACUGAAAAUGAAUAUGUGUCAACUUCGGAGGCUGAUGCUGCUGGGGAACCCCAACUGGUUUUUAAAGAAAAAACAGUCACUUCUCUUGGAGUCGUGGCAGAUGGAGUGGCCCCAGUCUUCAAAAAGAGAAGAAUUGAAAAUGGAAAGUCUAGAAAUUUAAGGCAACGAGGUGAUGAUCAGUAAUUAUAAGAAAGCACUUAAUGUGUGCUUUUUGGACAUAAUGGAGACUGUACAUCUUUAAAAGCUCCUUUGUGUUUGUUUUACAUUAUUUAAGUGAUAAAAAUUUAGACUUACUCUGAAUGUAUUUUAUGUGAAUUUAAAAUAAAUCUUUUUCAUGUGAAAUUGAUUUUUGUUCCUAAAAUGGAAGCCUACCACAUUGCAUUAUAAUACAGUGUAUUAUCUUCAGUGUCCAAAAACUGGUAAUUAUGUCAUAAUAUAAGAUGCUAUGUAUCUGUUAUUUAAAACGUUUAUUCCAUUCUUCCUCUUAUGAACAUACUUGUACUGCACUGAAAAUGAAUUACCUUUGCACACUGAUAUUAUCCAAGAAAUAAGAAUUAUACCACAAAAGAGAAGAUUCGUAGUCCAUGAUGAUUCAGUUUUGAGGAUCCUGUCAGAAAGGCUGAUGUAGAAAGUAUAUGCAUAUCUUGCUUACUUUUUUCAACUUAAGGUCAAGGACCAAGAACCAGGACUGUAGCUCAGGUAGUGGUUAAUAGGGAAUGAAAAUCGGACCAAAGGAAGAUAAGCGUAUCUGCCUGGUUCAGUGCAAAGCAAUAGUCAUUGCAUCGGCAUUUUCACCUUCAGCCAGGCACUGUGCUAGGAACUGGGGGUGUAACGGUUCUUCACAAAUUCUCAUUCAAACAAUCUUUUUCCCCAGUCAUGCACUCUGUGCACCGGCCUUAUAUGUACUGGAAAAUAUUUUUUAGGGUUUAUUUAAAACUCCGUAGAUGAAGUCGUGAACAAAAAUAGUAAGGUCUCUGACUUCGGUGAAAAGUUUUAGUGUUUCUUCAGACAGAUUGGAAAUUUCCCAUUUCCUGGUUAAAUUUCUUGAAAAGUGGAACUUUCUUAUUUAAUCCAUUUGAAAUAGGUACCUUCCCUUUAUUAUUCCAAAUUCUUAAGAUUAUAUUUUUUAUAAGUUGUACAGUAGUUAACAUUUGGCAGUAAAUAUUUGUCUUUUUAAGGUUACUAGUGUACAUGUAAGAAAAUUAUAGCUUAUUAAAAACUUUUAUGAAAGUCAAUUAAAUAGUUUUUAUUUUUUCUUCUAAUACUGAUCAGUGUCAACUUAGCGUUGGUGAGAGAGUAUUUGGAGACUUGUAUUUGUUUAGUGUACUUAUUUGAGUAUUUCACGAAUGUAUAGCAUUAUGGAGAAGUACAUUCUGGAAGCCCAUUUGUCAUCUAGCUAAUAAGCAGUGCGUUUUGGUACUAGGCUUUCCUCAAUUGGAAAAGCUAAUAAGACCAUAAAUGGAAUACUGCUAUGUUUUACACACAUAUUUGGCUUAUAUAAAAUAUGCAAAUUUAAAGACAUUUUCAAAACC